UGAGAAAGAAGAGACAAAUAUUUCUAAAUCAACAUUCCUUAUUGGGUUUCGCUGAAACAAAGAAGCGUUCCAUUCUCCCGCGGUCUGUCUGAGAGACGUUUCACAGUAAUAAUCUUCCCUCGUAUUGAACCAAUAUUGGUACUGAGCAAGUCAAUGAGUAAUGGCAACCGGAUCAAACAGGAAAGACAAUUAUUCUUCUGUCCCGACAACAGUAAUAGCAACCGAAUCCAAGAAGAAAGACAAUGCUUCUGUCCCGACAAGAUUCAAAAUCGCCAUCUGUAUUCUGGUGUUAAUUAUUGUAGGUCUUAUUGUUGCUCUUAUUGCAGUUUCUGUUAAACAGUUUGACGACGAUCAAGACGACACGAAGACUUGCUCACAAAGAUCAACUAUAAAACCAAAGUUCACAAAAUCUGAGGAUCUGUAUCGAGAUUUAACUGAAGAUGAGCUUCGUAAAGUGCGCGACUACAUCGUGAACAAUGCCUCACUGAAUGUCACUCCUUUCGAGAAAGCCACGGUUGACUCGAACUACAUUUUCUUGAUUGAACUACAGAAUCCUAUCAAAGACGAAGCUGUUGCAUAUCUUGACGGUAACGGACUAAAACCAACAAGAGCGGCAAAUGUUAUAAUAUUCAAAGGAGCGGAAUUCCCUCCUGUGAUUCAAGAGGUUUUGGUAUAUUUUGCUGAACCAAUGAGACAUGAAAUAAACCGGUUACUGACAAAUGAUGACAUUCCGUUUGAUACCCGACCUCCAAACGGCUACGAAUAUGCAAGAAUAGAAGAAAUUGUCACUAAUUUUGGAGAAAAAACUCACGAUAUUUUGAAAGAAAGUUACGAUGGUUAUAGCAUUGUCAACUGCACGGAUCGUUGUUUGACUUACGCUGAUAGUGGACCACCAUCUAUCCAUAGUUCAAAGGAACAUGAAGUAUUUAUUUGGUUCAUGCUAGGCGUGAAAGGACCAUAUCUACACCCAGUAGGGCUGGAAAUCGUGAUACAGCGUAAGGGAACGGAUGUAAGCAAAUGGAGAAUUAAAGAGGUCUACUACAAUGAACGAAUCUUCGAUUCAGUUGAUGAAUUCAUCAAAUUAUAUAAACUUGGAAACGUCACAAAAGUUAAUCUUCCUGCUCCUAAAGGAAAAGAUCUUACAUUUUCCACUCUGAACAGACGAGGAACAAAUCUUCAACCUUCUCUACCAUUACGUGAACCUGAACAAUUUGAACCUGAUGGUAAACGUUACACAGCAGAAAACAAUCAUAUCGAAUACAUGGGAUGGAGUUUUGAUUUUCGUGUUCGUACAACAUCAGGUCUACAAUUGUUUGAUAUCAGAUUUAAUGGAGAAAGAAUCGUGUACGAACUAAGCUUACAAGAGCCAGCAUCAUUUUAUAGUGGUUAUUCGCCAAAGCAAUCGUAUACCAAUUAUCUUGACACUGCCUGGACACUUGGUACUAAUUUUGAGCUUGUGAAAGGUGUUGACUGUCCCAAAUCUGCUAAAUACUUCGAUGUUGUAUAUUUUGUCGACUCGUCAAAACCAGGAAAACGUCGUAAUGCUGUUUGCGUCUUUGAACACAAUCUAGGAAUUCCGCUUCGCCGCCAUUUUGAGAACGACUUUGAAGGUGGUUAUACUUUCUAUGGAGGAAUGCAAGGUACAGGACUUGUUUUAAGAACAAUAUCCACAGCAUAUAACUACGACUAUAUAUAUGAUUUCAUAUUUUACCCCAACGGAGUCAUUGAAGCGAAAGUUUCCACAACGGGCUAUUUACAAGCAACAUUUUGGACCCCUGAAGAAGACGAAUAUGGUAAUCAAGUGUAUAAAAAUGUCGCUGGCUCACUGCAUGAUCAUAUGUUCCAUUACAAAGUUGAUCUAGAUAUUGCAGGAAGAAAUAACAGAUAUGAAACAAUAACAACAAAAAUCGAGAACAUUUCUUCAUCGUGGUUUCCAAACAAACGUCAUGUCCAGAAAAGAUUAAUACGUGAUCUAAAGAAAACUGAAGUCGACGCUGCUUAUAAAUUUGAUUUUCAACAUCCAUCUUAUCUGAAUUUCUUUAACUCAGCAAAGAAGAACACUCAUGGUGUUCGCCGAGGAUAUCGGGUUCAACUCAAUGGAAUACUUCAUCAAUUGUAUCCAGAAAACUGGCAAUUUACAAAUGGUUUCAGUUGGUCACAUUAUCAACUUGCAGUAACAAAAUACAAGAAAAACGAAGACAGAAGUUCAUCUAUUUAUAACCAAGAUGACGUGUACAAUCCAGUUGUAGACUUUAAAAAGUUUAUUUUGGACAACGAGAGCAUUGUGGAUGAAGAUUUAGUCUCGUGGAUAACUGUAGCUAUCAUGCAUAUCCCACAUUCUGAAGAUAUUCCCAACACAGCAACACCUGGCAACCAUGCUGGAUUUUUUCUUCGACCUUUCAAUUACUUCGAUGAAGAUCCCUCAAUAUCAUCAAGAGAUAGUGUUUUGAUCACGCCAACUGAUGAAGGUUCAAAGGUUGAUAGAUUUGGUAGACCUCAUGGUUCUCAAUGCGUUCCCCCGGAAGUACCCAUUGAUUACAACGGACGAGAAUUAUGAACUAACAUUUCAAAGGUAGUUGUAGAAUCAUAGACGAUAAUCACGAUACAUAUAUUCUAUGAUUUUGGUGAAUGCAAGAAUAGACGAGCCAAAGGUAAUAAUAUAAACUUUUAAUUUUUAGGGUUGUAGCUUUAGGUUAGGUUACGGGUAGGUUCAAGAUAAUACAUGGGAAAAUGGUAUAGAAACUAGGAGACCAUUACGUGAACAGGUUGUUUGUUUCCAAGUGGACGGGAUUCAAUAUUUACCAGUAAAGAAAUGUAAAUGCACUAAACAUCUAUUAUCUCAAGUUAAAUAUGGUUAUGACGGAUAUUGUUGGUGAGGCUAGGGAUGAAAGUCGCCAGGUAUAUAGCAACAGAUCAAUUCAAUAUCCCCUUUGAAAAUUGACGUAUAGUGUUCUAAUAAAUUUUCGACAGAGGCAUAUCUUUCGACCCGAGGUAAAAAUGGCAC